AAGAGCAACAUUCCAAUGCCUCUCGGGAUGUGGGAUUUCGAACAUUGUGACCCAAAGCGUUGUUCAGGAAAGAAGUUAGUCCGUCUGGGGAUGGUCAAAACUCUCAAGAUUAACCAACGUUUCUUGGGGGUCUGUAUGACUCCUAAUGGCGAGCAAGCUGUUUCACCUUCUGAUCGUGAUGUUGUCGAGGAGCAUGGAUUGGCUGUAGUGGAUUGUUCCUGGGCAAAGUUAGGGGAUGUUCCUUUUAAAAAGUUGCGUGCAGGACAUGACCGUCUUUUGCCCUAUCUAAUUGCCACCAACCCAGUAAACUAUGGAAGGCCUUGGAAGUUGAAUUGCGUAGAGGCAUUGGCAGCAUGUUUCUAUAUCACCGGGUUUGAUGAAUAUGGGGAUGAACUUCUCUCAAAAUUUAAAUGGGGGCAUGCUUUCAAGAAAGUCAAUGCCGAAUUAUUGGCAAAAUAUUCCAAAUGUACAGACUCGGCAUCAGUAAUCGCAGCUCAGAACGAGUAUUUAAGCAUGAUUGAGAAAGAACAAAACGAGAGGCAUAAUACGGAACAUAGUGACGAUGACUUGAUGGUUCGGAAUACAAAUCACACCAUGAUGAUGGCAUUCAGUGACGACGACGAUGAAGGGAGUGAUGAAGAGGAUAGUGAUGAAGAGGAUAGUGAUGAAGAGGAUGGUGAUGGGGAAGACGAAGAAGGAGAAGAAGUUGGAGAGAAACAAAGCGAAGAUGAAGAAGAAGAGCAUGAAGACGACACAGAAGAUCAAACUGACGAUGAAGAACAUAUUUCACGGACGAUGAGGAGGACUCGGAUCAAAUGAAAUAUUUGUAUAGAAAUAAAUAAUUUAUAUAUCCUC